AUGACACAGCUUGGUGAACUUGCUAAAUUGCUGGACUCUAUGGGAGCAAGGGGGGAGGACGGGACGGCAGAGAAAUCCAUUCAGCCUCCCGCCUUAGGCGGAGAGGUGAGGGCCCGGGGCCGCGCAGGGCAGGGCCGGGGCCGCAGAGAGGGUUCCCCCGCUGACCCCGGAGCCCUCCCCACGAGGCUCUGUCCGGCCCCCGUGUCCCCUCGUGCCCCAAGGGCAGCGUGCUCCAAGGGCUGCCCGGACUCUGCUCCCAGGAGCGCCCAGGCUUGGGCAGCGCCCGGAGGCCCCGCCGAACUCCGGGCUGCCUCUCCGGGGAAAGCUGGGACUCGUCCCUCUCCUUCGGGGCUCCUCAGGCAAGGCCAGGGCUGCUCUCCCCGACCCGGGCAGGACAGAGAUAGGGAGCACAGCCCCGAAAGGGACGGCGCGGAGGGAAGGGGAGUGGAACGGGAAACGCGCAAACAGGCGGCUCCCGGGCAGCAGAGAUGUGGAGGCAGCCGGGGAGAUGAGGGAGACCCGGAGCAGCCGUGGCGGGACUCUGGGGAUCAGGCGCUUCCCCAGCGGGCGGCACUGGCAGCCGAGCGGGCCUCACGCCCCCCUGACGGCCGAGGCGGCCGCAGCCCCUCCCGGCGCUGCCCCGGCCCGCCCCGUCGGGCCCCGCCGCCUCACUCCAAACGUGGGCCCGCGGCUCCCUCUGGCGGCAGCGGCGGGCAGUCGAGCGGGGCCGCAGCCCGGGCCCGCCGGCACCCGCCGCCCUCACGGCCCGGGCUGCGCGCCCGGAGAGCUGUUCCGGGGCAAAUGUCUUUGCAGUGA